CAGGGCACCUUAUUGAUUACAUAUCUACUCUCAUCUACUCUUUUAUUCAACUUAGAUUUUUUCAGAAGAUAGGCAAUGGGAGAGAGAGACGACGAAGCAGAAGGUGUAGGGAUGGCGAUGAUUCCUCUACUAAGGGAUCAACAUGAAGUGGAGAAAGACGGAGAUAUAAUGGUGGAGACGAGGAAGCUAUGGCGUAUCGUUGGACCAGCCAUAUUCACCAGAAUCGCAACCUACUUGAUCCUUGUUAUCACUCAGGCCUUUGCCGGCCACCUCGGCGAGCUCGAACUCGCCGCCAUCUCCAUCAUCAGCAACGUCAUCGUCGGCUUCAACUUCGGCCUCCUCCUUGGAAUGGCGAGUGCGUUGGAAACGCUAUGCGGUCAAGCGUUUGGAGCGAAAAAAUAUGACAUGUUAGGAGUGUAUUUGCAGCGAUCUUGGAUUGUUCUCUUUUUGUGGUCCAUCUUGCUACUCCCUAUGUACUUCUUUGCAACUCCGAUUCUUAAGUACUUUGGCCAGCCUGACGACAUCGCUGAGCUCUCCGGUACUGUGGCGCUUUGGGUUAUUCCUGUCCAUUUUUCAUUUGCCUUCUUUUUCCCUCUCAACCGGUUCCUCCAAUGCCAGCUUAAGAAUAUGGUGAUUGCGAUUUCGGCUGGAGUGGCACUUGUAGUUCACAUAUUUGUGUGCUGGCUUUUUGUAUACGGUCUUAAACUUGGAGUCAUAGGGACCAUGGCUACUGUUAAUGUGUCAUGGUGGCUCAACGUCUUCAUCUUAUUUACUUACGCCACUUGUGGCGGUUGUCCACUCACUUGGACUGGUUUCUCCAUUGAAGCUUUUACCGGGCUUUGGGAAUUUGCUAAGCUUUCUGCCUCCUCCGGGAUCAUGCUUUGCUUGGAGAGUUGGUAUUAUAAGAUUUUAAUUCUGAUGACUGGAAAUCUGAAAGAUGCAAAAAUCGCUGUCGACUCUCUGUCUAUAUGCAUGGCGAUAAAUGGAUUGGAGAUGAUGAUUCCACUUGCUUUCCUCGCCGCGACAGGCGUACGAGUGGCGAAUGAAUUAGGAGCAGGCAAUGGAAGAAGAGCAAGAUUUGCAGUGAUCAUAUCAGUGACAGAAUCGUUCAUCAUUGGUUUAAUAUUUUCGGUUCUUGUAGUAUUUCUUCAUGAUCAAAUCGGUUGGAUAUUCUCUUCAAGUGAAACCGUUAUAAAAGCAGUCACUGAUCUCUCUGUCCUUUUAGCCUUUACAAUUCUUCUUAACAGUGUCCAACCGGUUCUUUCUGGUGUUGCGAUUGGUUCGGGUUGGCAAUCAUUCGUGGCAUAUAUAAAUUUGGGAUGCUAUUAUUUCAUCGGUCUUCCACUUGGAUUUGUCAUGGGAUGGAUUUUCAAGUCUGGUGUCAAGGGCAUUUGGGCUGGUAUGAUAUUCGGAGGAACCGCAAUGCAGACAUUGAUAUUGAUUUUUAUUGUUAUGAGAUGUGACUGGGAAAAAGAGGCACAAAAGGCAAGCGUCCGCGUUAACAAAUGGUCGAUCUCAAAUUCAGAGGGAAGACACUGAAGAUUUUAUAAUUUGUAUACAAUUAUAAAAAAAAUCCUUUAAUAGAAAAUUAUACAAUUGCAAAAUAAAUAUAUAUUUGCAUGGAGCA